AUGGCCCGCUCCCUCGCCGCCCUCCUCGCCGCGACGACCGCCCUCGCCGGCGCCGCCCUCGCCGCCGACAGCGGCAGCAGCAGCACCACGACCGUGGUCCCCGUCCUGUUCCCCCUGUUCGACAAGCAGGACCUCGUCGGCUCCGUCGUCGACGCCGAGCCCAAGCUCACCACCUUUGCCGUCGCCUGCGCCCCCGGCGUCAAGCCCGAGGACUGCGGCUUCCCCGGCACCUUUACCGUCCUGCAGGGGCCCGAGACCUGGUCGCUGAGCUUCGGCGUGUCCAUGUCCCUGGGCGAUAGCUCGACCGUCGCAGCCCAGGACGCCAACUGCAAGCUCGACGCCGCCAAGGACGUCGCCACGUGCGUCGCCACCGAGUCCCAGCUGGACGGCGAGACCACGAUGCAGACCAGCACGAGCGAGGUCCUCACCGGCUACAAGUCGCUCAUGAUCCCCGUCACCGUCACCGCCGGCCUCGACAAGCUCUCGGCUCCCGCCCCCGGCGCCACGCAGACCGACGCCCAGGCCAAGCCCACCACCGGUGCCAGCAGCACUGGCGCGUCCACCGGCGCGUCCGCGUCCGUGUCCGCGACUGCCUCCGGCUCCGGCGCCGCGGCAAAGUCUUCCUCAGCGUCGUCGACGACGACAACGAAUGCGGCCGGCCCUGCGGUGACGCAGAAUGCGGUCCUGGCGGGUGUCGCGGCGGUGGUUGGUGGUGCUAUGAUGAUGUAG